AUGCUCGGGCCGCAGGCACCGGCCGCCAGCAGCCUCCCCGAGCCGCCUACGGGCGGGCAGGGCCAGGGCCCCGGGGGCAGGCCGCGGCUCGGGGACCCGGAGACCCGGAGACCAGGCCGCGGCUCAGGGACCCGGAGACCCAGAGACCAGGCCGCGGCUCAGGGACCCGGAGACCCAGAGACCAGGCCGCGGCUCGGGGACCGGAGACCCGGAGACCCGGAGACCAGGCCGCAGCUCAGGGACCCGGAGACCCGGAGACCCGGAGACCAGGCCGCGGCUCAGGGACCCGGAGGCCAGGACCAGGCCGCGGCUCGGGGACUCGGAGACCCAGAGACCAGGCCGCGGCUCAGCGCCGCCCGGGGGCUCGGAGGCCAGGCCCAGGCCGCAGCUCGGGGCCACCCAGGGGCUCGGAGGCCAGGCCCAGGCUGCGGCUCGGGGACCCGGAGACCCAGAGACCAGGCCGCGGCUCGGGGACCCGGAGGCCAGGCCCAGGCCGCAGCUCGGGACCACCCGGGGACCAGGCCCAGGCCCAGGCCUCGGCUCGGGGCGCCCAGGUCGCCGAGUGGUGCGCUCCCGCCUCAGCCCCGCAGCCCGCGGCCCACAGCCACGCAGCCCCCGCAGGCUCUGCGGCGCCUCUUCCUGCUUCUUCCCUCUUGA